AUGUUUUUAGUGACACGUAGCCAAUUAGUGAUAACAUCUGAUCAGGUGGCCGAAGAAGGUGAUGAUUACGUGGCGAUAGCAUGUGACUAUUCACAAGAUACUAAACCUCGUUUUAUCAUAUGGAAUGAAGUAAAUAAAGCAAGAUAUACACUUGUAGAUGAUGUUAAGACUGUCAAUGGACGUUACAGCUUAAGAACAACUCCUGGAAAUGCUGAGCUGAUUAUUACGAAGCCUGUAAGGAAUGAUACUAAUAGGAGAUUCGUAUGUGAGAUACGGACACGAAAAGGAAAAUAUAUACGUUCAAAUCCUUCCAUCCUUAAAGUAUAUUACCUAGAUCAACCUGUUCUUACUGCCUCAAAAAGCAGAGUCCAUGAAGGUGAAUCAGUGAUCUUGACCUGUAUUAAACAAGAUGGUGACCCGGUCCCUAGUAUCACAUGGUAUAAAGAUGGACAAGCACUCAGCUGCACCACAGACACCAGUAGAUGUACUACAAGCGAAGAUGCACUUAAAAUAUACAUUGAAGCUGCAACUGCAACUGAUGGUGGCAGGUAUAUAUGUAAAGCUGAAAGUGAUCAGUACAGAGGAGAAGAUGGCAAAACCAGUAAUCAAUUUGACUUGAAAGUAAUACAUCUUACCAUUACAUUUGAAUCUGAAGCUGGCUCUGCAACAUGCAUUGCAAAGGGUCAUCCCAAGCCGUCCUCUGUUAUGAUAUACAAUGAUGGGAAAAUGAUUGACAAAGGGGAACUUAUUGCUUCUGUGAAAAUUAAUGAAGAUUUUUUUUUUAAAUAA